GCAACGGUACAUUUCAGCUCCACACCAAGAGUCCGGUGCCGCAUAAGGAGAAGGAUAUAACUGUUUCAUAUCACCGCGUGAAACCAUAAUGCCUAAACCCAAGCUCAUCCACACCGUCAUCCUUGUGAUCCUUCUAUUGCUCAAUAGCGCAAAUUCAGGACAAACUGCAACAACAGGAGACAAUUAUGAAGUUAGUACUUCGAAAGGGGUAGAGGGACACAUCAGCAGGAGGUAUCUGACAGAGCUUCAGGAUUAUGACUAUGGUGGAUCCAACUCUAAACAUGAUCCACGCAGGAAGCCAGGGGGUGGACACUAAUCACAUCACCUCCAUCCUAAAUUAUCCAUGGGCAAGUCAGGUGACCCAGGACGCUGCAACCACUAGACCGGUUUCUUACUGUAAUCCACUAGAUGCAAAAUGGUUUGAUCCUAUGUAUGCACCGUCUUUACCAUGUGAAAUCUGCAGUUGCAAAGCCGUUUUAGAUGGUGCUUACAUGCAUCCACCAAGGCCAUUCAGUUGAGUUAGUUAUUUAGAUAAGUUAACUAAUAUGUAACUGUUGUUCCCUUCUGAAAUCUUGGAUGAAAUGGGUUCUACUUCUACAGUCUCACGCAGGCUUGGAAAAUCGAGACUUGAAAUUUAGUGAAAUCA